AUGCACCUUUUACAUUUAGCCAUUGUGCCGGAUGUCUUGGGCUCCUUGCUGUGCGACCUCAGCGAUUUGGCACCGAAAAGGGAAGCCGAGCUGCAAGCUCUGUACGAGAGCUAUCGCUCCUGGUGCGAGGAAACCGGAGUGCCGGACCGUGCUGCAAAGAGGCUCUUCAGCAGUGCAACUCUUCACCCGAACUCGAAAGAUUAUCUGAGUAUUUCCCAGAAGCUUUUAUCGGGCACGGCCGCACGGUACAGUCUAUUCUGGAUGGCUCAGCUUCUUACCCACUUGAUGAAAUGCCAUCCGGGAAACGAGUUCUAUGCGAUCCUCGGCUAUAUAUUACCGCUGUCCAAACACUUCCUGGAUGCCCUCGAAGCUGUGAUGACGACACCCCCUAAGGUCUUAGAGCUCAAAAGGAAGUUGGCGAUUGCUAAGGCUGAAAUUCUUGUCAAGAAGCUCAGCUGCUCUGAGAAGGCCAGGCACCAGGCCCUGCCGGAUCAUAUGAAGAAAGUGCUUGCAAGCAAGAACCUUUCGCUCUUCGAGGCACUCCUCAAGGAGCAUGCGUACUGGGAUAUGGGGGUAGUCCAGCUCAUGGAAAAGGGUGUUGACCUCGUUGGGGACGAGUUCCUUGACUCCGCCGACUGGAGGCGGCGGGCUCUCACAACGCCCGGCACCAGGGCUCCGGAUGCAGCUCAGCUUGCCCACCUUGAGCAGGCGUGCCAGGAAGAGGUAGACCUGGGGUUUGUCUUGGAGCAAAAGCCAGGGAAGCUUCGGCCCAUUGAUGAUGCAAAGGAAGCGCUUGUGAACAGCGCCAGUACCUCGACAAUGCGACUCGAACUUGAGGACGCCGACUACCUGUCUGCCAUGGCCCCCGAGGUCGCGCGACGCAUCCUGGCCGACCCUUCCAAACCAGGGGCCGUGCCUUGGGUCGCCAGGUGCCUCGACCUAACGAAGGCCUACAAACAGAUGUGUGUUUCCGAGCGCGACCUGCAGGUCUCGGUGGUUUUCUUUCUUGAUGAACAAGGUAAGCCUAGGUACUACGUGAGCCAUUCGCUGUUAUUCGGGUGCACAUCGUCGGUAUUUGCAUUCAACAGGGUGUCAAAAGCAAUCUCCUUUCUGUUGAACCAAUUGUUGCUUGUGCCAAGCUCCGUGUUCUACGACGACUUCCCUCUUCUGUCACCGAGCCCCACAAGUGACAGCGCCACGUGGGCCACAACCGCUCUGCUUGACCUUCUGGGCUGGGGUCAUGCCCGCGUGGGCAAAGACACUAAAGGAGUUCCCUUUGCGGCAAGCUUCGAGGUCCUUGGGAUGUCGAUGCAACUUGACGGUGUUCACCGGGGACGCCUGACCCUUCAGAACAAAGCAGGACGUAUUGAGCAGCUUGUGUCUUUGUUUCAGGGAUUUCUUGACAGGGGUGCAAUCACGGUGCAUGAGGCGCAAGUUGCCCAUGGGCUCUUGAACUUCUCUGCUGGUUAUGUGAAUGGUCGGGCCUUGCGCUUGACUUGCCAGGAGCUCCUUCGCUUGACAAAAGCAUCGUGCCCCGCUUCUCCGAAGGCGACCCGCAGCUUCUGCGUAAACAGCAUUGAGGCCCUCCGGGCGCUAAGCCCCCGUGUGCUCAGUGUGUGGGACAGCCGGGCUCCCAUACACAUCUUCACGGAUGGUGCGUGGGAGCGGGGCCGAGCAGGCAUUGGUGCCGUCAUCUUUGAUACAGCUUCGGGCAAGUCGUGGACUUAUGAGGGUCUGGUCCCAGAGCCACUCAUCCUCCGAUGGGAGGCAGAUGUCGGGACUCAGCUUAUUUGCCAGAUCGAGCUGUACGCUGUUGUAUGCCUCAGAUGGGCCCUGGCCUCCACCUUUGGUCACAGACGCUUGAUUUGGUGGAUUGACAACGAAUCGGCUCGCUAUGGCUUGAUCAAGGGCAUCUCGGACAGUCCCUCGAUGUCAUCCUUGAUUCAGGCCUUUGCACUGGCGGAUUCUAAGGCACCUUCGUAUAGCUGGUACGAAAGGGUCCCAUCUUUUUCUAACAUCGCGGAUGGACCAAGCAGAGGUGAUUCAGCAGAGGCCUUGACCGUCUGCACCAACAAGGUGGGAAUCGAUUACCCUCUUGGCGAAAACCUCAUCCGGAGGCUUCUGUCAGCUUGA